AUGGCGAAGAAACGUAGACCAGCCACUACUGCUUCUAGGCGUUCAGCAAGACGCGGAAAAGCCGCACAGAAGAGUUCAGAAGGUGAAACUUCAAGUGUGACUGAAACAAUCUCACCUGCACCAACAUCUGAGGAACCACCUUCAGAUCCACCAAAAGAUACUCCACUGGAAUCAACCUCUGACAUUUCUAGCAAACCUCAAGAAGUACCUACAAUAGUCUUACACAAAAAGUUUGGCAAAUAUAGAUGUCUGUUUAAUAAUGAUGAUACAUUCACAAAAAAGUAUGAUGUUGGUAGUGACAGUGAAACAAAUAGUAGUAUUGAGAUACGGGUUGUAGACCCCGGUGUUAGUUCUGAAUCUGAUUCAAAUGCUGCUGUUGACACACAGUCUGACACAAAUAGUGGCGCUUGUCCUAGCCCUUUAAAUAUUCCAGACCGGGCAUUACAUAGUUUAAGUUCUAGAGAUGUAUCACCAUUGCCAUCGGUUGAGAGUCUAGAUAUUCCAUUACCUAACAUGGAAAUCACAGAAAUAGAUUUAAAGACUGCUGAUGAGGGUAGUAAAGAAACUGAAACUGAAAUGGAUCUAACAGAAAAUGUUCCUGAAGAAAUUAUUACAGAAAUUAAUAACGAUCAAACAACUACAGAAGAGGAAGUGCAAACAUUUUCUAGUCAUCUAUAUGACGAUGAUGAGGUGAUAACUAUAAUUCAAAUAUUAGAAGAUGAUAAUCAAGAAGCCUACUACAACAUUGAUAUUAGUAGUCCACAAGAACAGGUACAAGAGAGUAGUGAUAAUAAGAAUGAACAUGUAGAGCAAGAGGUUCAGUUCCAAAAAGAUUUUGAAAACCUUCAAUUAACUCAGGCUACUUAUCACCCUAGUUCACCUAUCAAUUCUACAGAGAACAUUGUUAACAGAUCAGAAUGUGUAACACCCGAUUUGGUGUUUCCUGCUGAAAAUCCUGAAAUAUUGACUAGGCCUGACCCUAGUUUAACUCCAAGCUCAACAAUAUCAGAUGAUAGCAAUUCCUCAAGGGUGACAGAUCAAGUUCCAAAUUCGAAUGACUCUGCUGAGUCCUCUCCUUCAGGUGUACGACGAUCUAGUAGAAUAAAAACUAUAAGUACUAUGAAGCAAAAAACUAAAGGGUAUGGACUAGUGAAAACACCACUAAAGAAGGCUUUAAUAACACAAACAAAGUUAAAACUGGAAGAAUUAAGCUCAGACGGCCAAGAUAAGACGUCUGAUGGUCUUAAUCAAUCAGGUGUUAAUCCUCAGACCUUUCCUGUACCUACAGAGAUGCCGGUCAAGGUAAAGUCAAGAUGGCGGAGAUCUAGUGAGUUAGAAAUGGGAGCUAAUUCCCCAGCAAUUUCACCAUUAGCAAGCCCAAAUUUACCAAAACUUCCUACUGUAGAGGAAAAUCAAAAUUCACUUGAGGAAGUACAAGAAGUCAUACCCCUCAGUAAGGAAGCAUAUGAUAAAAUAAUUGCGGAAAGGAUGAGUCAAUAUCAGCAUUUAGAUGAAAAUGAGUAUAUGUGUGAAAGAAUGAUCAGUAGAGAUACAAAGAAAAUGAUUUGUGACUGUUUCAUGACCAAAGACGAGUUAGAGCGAGGUGAACUUGCUUGUGGAGAAGACUGCUUAAAUAGAUUACUAAUGAUUGAAUGUAACUCUAGAUGUCCUGUAGGAGAUAGAUGUACUAACAGACGAUUCCAAAAGAAGGAGAAUGGCCCCUUAAAGGUGUUUUAUGCUGAUAAGAAGGGCUGUGGUGUGGAGGCCAGUACAGACAUUCCAGCGGGCGAGUUUUUAAUGGAAUAUGUUGGUGAAGUCUUAGAUUACGAACAGUUCUACAAAAGAGCACAGGCUUAUUCUGAAGAAAACAACUUGCAUCAUUAUUUCAUGUCACUUAAAGGAGACACAGUUAUUGAUGCAACAUUAAAAGGAAAUAUAUCACGAUUUAUAAACCAUUCCUGUGAUCCCAACUCUGAAACUCAGAAGUGGACAGUUAAUGGGGAACUCCGGAUAGGAUUCUUCAGCAAGAGAGAUAUUGCGGUUGGGGAGGAGAUCACAUUUGAUUACCAGUUCCAGAGAUUUGGCAAGGUGGCUCAGCGUUGUUACUGCGGCGCAGACAGCUGCCGUGGUUGGAUUGGAGCUGAACCGGACUCCGAAGAUGAGGACUAUGAAGAGGAGGAAGAUGUAUCUACGUCAAAGUCUGGUACGACCGAGUCCGAAGAAUCGCAGGCGAACGACGCGAAUGCCGAGAAACCGCGGGUUCGCGUUCGUAGACCGCGUCGCGAGCGCAAGUACAAGUCCAAGGCUCCAGACUUAGUUCAAGACGCGGAUAUUGAAGAUGACUUGGAAGCUCUUAGCCGUACCGGAAUCAAAAAUCAAAGUCACACACUACGGCUGUCCCGUACAGUCGUGCGCGCAAAGACGCGACGCGCCCAAACCGCUCUAUUACGUCUUUUGAGGGAUGCGGACCUGCCGUGUCGCAGACUGUUCUUGGACUAUCGGGGUUUGCGAUUGUUGGCACCUUGGUGUACGGAUGCAUCAUUAGAUUUCAAGUUAGAAAUGCUUCAGACUGUGGAUCGAUUGCCGAUACCCAACAAGACUAUGGUCCAAGAGACACGUUUCUUCACAAUCAUAGAGAGGUGGCUCAGUUCUUCAGAGGUGCCACCUGAACCUCCGGUGUUCAUUGAUGAGGCAACAGGUUUACCAGUAGAGCUGGCAAAUGGACCUCAAGUGGACGUCGAUAAAAGCAAAGAAAACGCCGCCGCUAUACUAGAGAAAGUAAAGGAUCUUUCUGCUCAGCUUCUAGAUCGUUGGUCCAGUUUGAAGGAAGUCUUCAAAAUCCCAAAAAAAGAGCGUAUUCAACAAAUGAAAGAACAUGAGCGCCAAGCCAACGUUGAGAGACGCGCCGCUGAUUCCAGCGGGUCACGUGAUCGCGACAGGGACCGGGACAGGGAUCGGGACCGCGAACGUCGCGACGAACGCGACAGGGAACGGGAGCGUGACCGAGACAGAGAGCGGGACCGUGACAAGGAGAGAGAAAGAGACAGAUACAGAGAGAGGGAUCGAGACAGAGAUAGGGACAGAGACAGAGAUGACAGGGAUAGAAGAAAAAGAAGGAGCAGUCCUGAUGGGAGACGAAGUAUUCGGUUAUCGGACCGCGUGCUAGCCGCUAUUCCACCCAUGAGCAAAGAAGAACGGCGGCGGGCUUUCGCCGAAGCCGCCGCUGCAGCUGACGAGAAUAGACGACAGCGAGACAGCCAGGCCUUCAUGCCCUACUGGCCACAAGAUACAUUUGCUCAGAUGUUUCCGCAAGGUAUGAUGCCAGGUCAACCGAAUAUGAUACCAAAUGCACCAAACAUGUUAGGAAGUAGACCACCCCUAUUACCUACCGGUCCUAACAUGCUACCAAAUGGGCCAAAUAUGAUGCCCAAUGGUCCAAAUUUGAUGGGUGGCCCACCAAAUAUGUUACCAGGGCCACAGAACAUCAUGGGGGCACCCAAUCUCAUGAUGCCCGGUAUGAUGCCAGGCAUGAUACCGACAGAUGUGCCUCCCGAGUGGAUUGGCCCGAAUGGCGAGUUCCAAGGUCCUCCCGGGUUCUGUCCCACUUUUCCUGGACAACCGUUUUGUAUGCCACAGCCCAACAUGAUGGGCAUGGGCGGAUUCGGCGUGGGUGGCUUUAUGUUCGGUCAGCAGAUGGCUGGGUUUCCGCCACAACCACAACCGCGACCCAACACACUGCAACCUCAACCACCAAUGUUAGACAACCGAGUCCGGACGCAAGCUGAGGAUUUAAAUACAAUAGAGGACGACGACGCUGAACCAGUGUUGCCAUCUAUGUGGCGUAGUGCUCUCGACAACCGAGGACGUAAAUAUUAUUACCAUGUUAAAUUACGCCAACCUCAGUGGUUACCGCCCCCACCACCACCGGCCGUACCGGACGAUAAUAGCUCGUCUGACGAGGAGGCUGAGCUGAUGAGUACUGUCGAAACGGAGGUCGUAAGAAAACAAGUUAAGGGCAAAAUGGUGGAAGGUGUGAAUGGUAUUUAUGAGGUGAUAAAGGCGGACGCACACAACGGGCUAAUACCGGAGCAUGCGCUCGUUAGUGACAAGCCGCGUAAGCGAAGGCCGGGUCUCGUUACCGAGAGACCAAUUAGUCCACGAACUGAGGAGGACAAGUUAGCUGGUCGAAUGGAGGUUAAGAGAUAUAAACAGACCAAGGAGAAGUUACGCCGUAGACGGGAAAAGCUGCUUCAGAAAGUGCGUCUUAUUGCUGCGGAUAAGUCAAGAUUUGGAAAGGAAAUAACACACAAAGACCUAAAGGAUCUGAAGUUUGUGGAUUCGGAAGACUCUGAUAGCGAUUCGGAUGCGGAUUCAGACAUUGUUCAAAUCCUUGAAAAACACAUUUCUCCGCCUCUAUCCGUGCCCGCAUCCGCAGCCGUACCCGCACCCGUGCCCGUUGCACAGUCGGUUGCGGAUAUGGAAGAAGCGGGACGAAAGAUCAAGGAACAGUUCCGUAGCAAUAUGGCUCGUGUUAUUGUGCAACAUCUCAACCCCUACCGUCACUCUUCCGCUCCUGCGGGUAGGAUAACGUGUACCUCUGAUUUCAAACAUUUGGCUAGAAAGUUAACACAUUUCGUGAUGUUGAAAGAGUUGAAGCAUUGUCGUUCAGUCGAAGAGCUGGUGGUGACUGACUCAGUCCGAUCCAAGGCGAAGAUGUUUAUUAAGAAGUACAUGGUGAAGUUCGGGCCAGUGUACAGGCGACCCCCAGACGAGGCCGACUAA